AUGAUCUUCUCACCAGCCCGCUGUCUCAUCCUCCUACUGCUCUUAAACUCUGUUGAUGCUGGAGGAAUACUGUGGAAGAUAAAGGAGCGUGUACGUCACCUGCAGCUGCAGAGAGCCAAGCAGCAUCUCUUGAGGCAGACAACCAGAGGUCUCCAACAUGUGAAGGAGGGCCGGAUUCAGCAGCGGCUCGACCACUUCAACCGACAAGACCUCCGCACCUUCUCACAGAGGUUCUUUGUGAAUGAGGCGUUUUGGCGGCAUCCUGACGGUCCGGUGUUCCUCUUCAUCGGAGGAGAAGGCCCCAUCUUUGAGUUUGAUGUUCUUGCAGGUCACCAUGUCGACAUGGCUGAAGAACAUGGAGCUCUAAUAUUGACUCUGGAGCACCGUUUCUAUGGAGACAGCAUCAACCCUGAUGGCCUUAAAACAGAGAACCUGGUGUGCCUGAGCAGCCAGCAGGCGCUAGUUGACUUGGCAGUAUUCCACCAGUUCAUCAGUCAAAGAUUCGGCCUGAGCCACAGGAACACCUGGAUCAGCUUUGGAGGCUCGUACUCUGGAGCUCUGUCUGCCUGGUUCAGAGGAAAGUUUCCACAUCUGGUGUUUGGAGCCGUGGCCUCCUCCGCUCCUGUAAUAGCAAGGCUGGACUUUUCUGCGUACAGCAGUGCUGUGGGCUUGAGUCUUACAAAUUUGGCAGUUGGAGGCUCAGAGAAGUGCCUGGCUGCUGUGCAGAGAGCGUUUGCUGCAGUAGAAGCUGCACUGAUGGCUGGUAAUGUGAGCCAAGUGUCAGUCGACUUUGGCUGCUGUCAGGUCCCCAAGGACCUGAGCGAUAAGAUUGAGCUGAUGCAAAACCUGGCAGACAUUUUCAUGGGCUCUGUGCAGUACAAUGAGGAAGGAGUGCUCAUGACCAUCAAUGAGCUCUGUAGUGUUAUGACCAAUUACACAAAUGAGGAGGAUCUGGCGCCUUACAGCCGCUUAGUUAAACUGGCACAGAUCUACCGUUCGACCAGUGAGGAGCCAUGUCUGGACAUUUCUCAUGAGAAAUCAAUAAAGGACCUGAUGAAUACAUCCCUUCACUUAAGCAGGAGAGGAGAGAGAGCGUGGACCUACCAGACCUGCUCUGAGUUUGGCUUCUACCAGACCUGUGAGGAUGCAACUUGCCCGUUCUCUGGGAUGGUGACCCUGAAAACCCUGACUGAAGUCUGUCCCAUGGUGUUUGGCAUUUCCCAGCAUUCCCUGCCUGGACACAUUGCCUUCACAAAUACGUACUUUGGAGGAAACAAUUUGCCAACACACAGGGUGCUCUAUGUCAACGGUGGUGUCGACCCGUGGAGAGAGCUGUCAGUGGUCCGGGACAGGACAGGCAGUGGGGAUGAAGCUCAGACUGUUUUCAUCAAGGACACGGCUCACUGUGCUGACAUGAUGAACAGCAGGGCCACAGACCGCUGCUCACUCAGGACAGCCAGAGAGGAGAUAAAGCGACAUGUGUUCAGCUGGCUGAAGACGGCUGCUCAGGAGCAGGUUGAGAAAGAAAAGGCUCUGAUCACAUUAUAA